AUGGGUAAGGAUACUCGGUCUCACAUCAACAUCGUCGUUAUCGGCCACGUCGAUUCCGGCAAGUCGACCACCACCGGUCACUUGAUCUACAAGUGCGGUGGUAUUGACACCCGUACCAUCGAGAAGUUUGAGAAGGAAGCCGCUGAGCUCGGCAAGGGUUCCUUCAAGUACGCCUGGGUUCUGGACAAGCUGAAGGCUGAGCGUGAGCGUGGUAUCACCAUCGAUAUCGCUCUCUGGAAGUUCCAGACUGCCAAGUAUGAGGUCACCGUCAUUGACGCCCCCGGUCACCGUGACUUCAUCAAGAACAUGAUCACUGGUACCUCCCAGGCCGAUUGCGCUAUCCUCAUCAUCGCCUCCGGCACUGGUGAGUUCGAGGCUGGUAUCUCCAAGGAUGGCCAGACCCGUGAGCACGCUCUGCUUGCUUUCACCCUCGGUGUCCGCCAGCUCAUUGUUGCCCUCAACAAGAUGGACACCUGCAAGUGGUCCGAGGACCGCUACAACGAGAUUGUCAAGGAGACCUCCAACUUCAUCAAGAAGGUUGGCUACAACCCCAAGCACGUCCCCUUCGUCCCCAUCUCCGGCUUCAACGGUGACAACAUGCUUGAGCCUUCGCCCAACUGCCCCUGGUACAAGGGCUGGAAGAAGGAGGGCAAGUCCGGUGAGAUCACCGGUAAGACCCUGCUCGAGGCCAUUGACGCCAUCGAGAACCCCGUCCGCCCCUCCAACAAGCCCCUGCGUCUGCCCCUCCAGGAUGUCUACAAGAUCUCCGGUAUUGGCACUGUUCCCGUCGGCCGUGUCGAGACUGGUAUCAUCAGCCCCGGUAUGGUCGUCACUUUCGCUCCUGCCAACGUCACCACUGAGGUGAAGUCCGUUGAGAUGCACCACCAGCAGCUCAAGGAGGGUGUCCCCGGUGACAACGUCGGCUUCAACGUCAAGAACGUCUCCGUCAAGGAGGUCCGCCGUGGUAACGUCGCCUCUGACUCCAAGAACGACCCCGCCAUGGCCGCCGCUUCCUUCAACGCCCAGGUCAUCGUCCUGAACCACCCCGGUCAGGUCGGCGCUGGUUACGCUCCCGUUCUGGACUGCCACACUGCCCACAUUGCUUGCAAGUUCUCCGAGCUCCUCGAGAAGAUCGACCGCCGUACUGGUAAGUCCGUUGAGGACCACCCCAAGUUCAUCAAGUCCGGUGAUGCCGCCAUCGUCAAGAUGAUUCCCUCCAAGCCCAUGUGUACCGUCGCUGUCGGUGUCAUCAAGUCCGUCGACAAGUCCGCCGGUGGUGCCGGUAAGGUCACCAAGGCCGCCGUCAAGGCUGGCAAGAAAUAA